UUUACCUCUUUGUUGUGGUUAACAAUGGCUGUUGCCUUUUUAAAGUCUUUAUGGACUGCUUGUUCCUUGGUCAUUUGGACAUUAAUUAUGUCUUUCAAGGCGUUUCAAUAUUUUAACUAUGGAUGAGCGCAUUUCCAACAUCAGCUGUCAUGUCGAUUCCAGAUCCUCUGAGUACCAGUUGCUAAUAAGCAGAAUGGACCUUUCUGAUGACGACCCCUUAGCUCCGCCCCCUCAGCCAUGUCCCACAAGCUUUCAAAAUGGCGAUUUGAACAGAACACGUUCGAAGUCAAUUCUCCAUCGCGUAUUCCAGAUAAUAUUGGAGUAUGUUUUUGAGCCAAAUGCGUCAGACCUGUCCAAGAGAGUUCUACAGAGGUCUCAACUAUUUUACGUGAGGAUAUGUACACGGAAUAGAGAUUUUGGACGCAACGUCAGAGUUACAGCGAAACAUUGGCGAUCGAUGCAAAAAAUGUUUGACGCCUCAGAAACUUCAUAUUGAAAUCCAACAGGAUAAAAUAGUGGAAUAGUAUUGCGCACAUAAAGCAGGUGACGAGCCAGCGUUGGCCAAGCUAUGCCGCCCCCAGUCACCGACUCUCUGGCCGUGCCCCCACCGGAUGGCGGUUGGGGCUGGGCAGUGGUGUUGGCGUCGUUCAUCUCCAUCGGCUUCUCGUACGCCUUCCCCAAAGCCAUUACCGUCUUCUUCAAGGACAUCCAGAUCAUCUUCGGUGCCUCGUCCAGUGAAAUCGCAUGGAUCUCCUCUAUCAUGCUCGCAGUCAUGUACGCCGCAGGUCCCAUCAGCAGCAUUCUGGUGAACACGUACGGCUGCAGGCCCAUCGUCAUGAUCGGGGGCUGCCUGUGUGCGGUCGGCAUGACGCUGGCGUCGUUCUGCAACAGCGUGGUGCAGCUUUAUCUCUGCAUCGGCGUUAUUGGUGGACUUGGAUUGGCAUUCAACCUGCAGCCAGCUCUAACCAUGAUCGGCAAAUACUUCUAUAAGAAGCGCCCGAUCGCCAACGGGCUGGCCAUGGCCGGAAGCCCGGUGUUCCUCAGCUCCCUGGCCCCGCUCAACCAGUACCUUUUCAACCAUUUCGGCUGGAGGGGGAGCUUCCUGAUCCUGGGCGGCCUGCUGCUGAACUGCUGCGUGGCCGGCUCGCUCAUGAGGCCCCUGGGACCGCCGCCCUCCAAGAUGAAAAAGGAGCAAGUGGCGAGCGCUAAGGAAAAGCGAACGGUGUGGCAAAUGCUCAACAAGUAUCUGGACUUGUCUCUCUUCAAACACCGCGGUUUCCUCAUCUACCUAUCCGGGAACGUCAUCAUGUUCUUCGGCUUCUUCGCGCCUAUCGUGUUCCUCGCGGCCUACGCCAAAGAAAUGGGUGUUGACGAGUACUCUGCCGCCUUCCUCCUCUCCAUUCUGGCUUUUGUGGAUAUGUUUGCCAGACCCUCGAUGGGGCUCCUGGCUAACUCCCGCUGGGUCCGGCCCAAGAUUCAGUAUUUCUUCAGCUUCGCCGUGCUGUAUAAUGGCGUGUGCCACGUCUUCUGCCCGUUCGCCAGCUCCUACACCGGCCUCGUGGUGUACGCCGUGUUCUUCGGCUUUGCCUUUGGCAUGGUCAGCUCGGUGCUCUUCGAGAGUCUCAUGGACCUGGUCGGGGCUCCGAGGUUCUCCAGCGCAGUCGGACUCACCACCAUUGUGGAGUGCUGCCCAGUCCUGCUCGGGCCACCUAUUGCAGGGAAACUGAUAGAUGUCACCAAUAAUAAUUACAAGAUCAUGUAUUUCUGCUGCGGCGCCGUCGUGAUUGUGGCGAGCAUCUGGCUCUUCAUCGGCAACUUCAUCAACUACAGGCUCUUGGACCGCGAGCGCAAACUCGAGCAAUACAACCCGGCCGGGUCAGACGAUCCCGACCACCUCCAGAAGCAAGCCAAGACCGUGGCCGCGGGUGACGGCAAAGAGCCAGAUGAAGAAAAGGGCCAUGAGCCUAUGCAGCGGGAGACCAACAUGUAAGACUGUCUUUGGUUUUUUUUUUGUCUUUGUUUUUUUUUUUCGUCUAAGCUUCGUAAUGUUGUUGGCAAACAUCGGACUGAGCUUCAUGCCGAGAGAGUGCCUCGCGGUCCGCCACCUGGCUCUGUUCAGGGUCCUCUACAACUCUUGCAAACUGCCAAAGCAACAUGUGUCCCGAGCAACGUGGAAGAUAAAGACUUCCAUCGGAUUCACUUUAUAAAUGAGAUGAAAAAUGAACCUAAAUGUCACAAAUCACUCAGAAAAGUGGAAAUUUGAACAACUUCCAUGGAAACGCCAACUCCGAGCUCUUCACGUGUCUUCCAAUGUAAAUCAAACAUGGAAAGAGCAUGUUGCACUUUUCCAUUAUAAACCAGCUCCUCAAAGAUCCAAAGUUUGGGAAAUGAGGACGGCAUAAAACUGUUGCCAACGUCGGUCCUUGAUUUAUGUCCUGAAGUCGUGCUCAUCGAGCUUUCAAACAGCUCAGACUGGUUGCCCGCGAUGAUGACGUCAUUUCUUUUGGCAGCCGGUGAGCCCUGAAAUGUAGACGAGCAGGAAACCGAACGCAAGCUCUCCGCAUGAGUGGCACCCUCAACAGCCUCCUCUGCCAACCACUCGAGAACCCCUUGGGCAUAAUAAUCCCUCUCGUCGGCUCGUUAUAAUCGAUCAUCUAUCAGCACUUAUUCCAGAACCAAAACUUGACUCCAGCUCAUAUAAAAUUGAAUGUACUCUCCAUUGUGGGCCUUAAUAAUAAGGUAAUAAUGACCAAAACUGUAAUAUAUAGUGAGUGGACACUUCAUUAGGGACUCCCCAGAGAUGUAGUAACAAUUGAGAUUGUGCUCCCAUCUUGAAUUGGAUCACAUUUAAUUUUUUUGUUUUUGCCUAAUGAAGUGAAGUUUAAAUUAAAAAAAAAAAAAAGCCUUACAUGUACUUGAAGAAAUGAGGCAGGUAUUGUUAAGUUAUUGUUACUGAAAUUUGAAUUGCUCUUGGUCCUCCAAACGUAGCCAUGUUGUUUUGUGGGGAAAAAUGAAGUAUAUUUAAAAAAAAAAAAUCCCACCAUUUUAUUUAAAUUAGUGCUAUUGGCGCAUUUCCAUCAAAGCCAAGCAGCGCUAAUGUUGACCAACGCCGUCCACGUUGUCGUCAUCUCCCAAAGCUUUUGUGAUAAAAUAAUAUUUCUAUUGAAAGUAGUUUUGCGAUUCAAUAUGAAAGCAGCUGCUACACAUGUAUUUGGAAAAAAAAAGAUCUAUUUUGCAUUAUUAUUAUUUGAGAUUCACCCCUAAACAGCGGCAGUUUUAAUAUAUAAUUCUAUAUUUUGCUUCGCUUCAGUGUUCCGCAGUAUUUUUGUAUGUUGACAAAGUCCGCCGUCACUGUGCUUUGGACGACUCGGAAUGUUUUCUCGGUAAUCUAUGCAAAACGUCUCAUUUCGAGAUGAUUUUCAAAAUGAGCUGCAGAAUCGUGACAUCACCCCGUAACACUGCCUCCUGCUGUUGAGUUAUUAGCAGGAUUAUUAUUACUAUUUAUUUCCAUUUUUUUUUUU